UGUGAUGUCCUGCAUUAAAGUACUCCACUCUUGGUUAAACAUUAAGAAUUCUGACAUUUUUACAUUUAAAAUACAUGUUCCACAAUAAUUCUGCCUUAGUUAAAGAUGGAGAUAUGACCUUCACGUUCACAUCUACAGUUGGUGUAUGUACAUAACAUUUUGAAUGCAACACUGAGCUUCUUAGAGAAGUGCAUUCUCUACAUUCAACCCAUCCUAAGUAUCAGGAGCAGCAAGCAGCCACUGUGUGGCACUGAGGGGCCCUGUUCACAUGUGGAGAGACUGUGUGAACCAAUCAGUCGGCGUGAUAAAUGUUUGUUGCCAGUAAGAAUGUUCAGUAAUAAUGAAAUCAGGUUACAUCAUCUGUUUCUGGCCUGCUAACCAUGCUGACAAAUAACUGUGUCACAUGAGCUCUGUGCUGUAAAAGAAAUGAUAUAUGACACACAGAUGCAGGCAAACCUGGCAGACCAGCCCUUCAUAGGACCAAGCACAGACUCAAGCCUGAUAAUUACCUGUACAGGUAAACAACUGGAGUUUUAAACCAGAAUAUAAAAAUAAUAGAAACUUAUUGCAUUCUUCUUGUCUAAUGAUAUCAAUGGGUUAAUAUCUAAUUUCUUAUAUGGUUUAUUUUUGAUAUGCCUGAUAUAUCUCAGUCUCAGACCAACAUCUCUGUUGGACUGCAUGACCUAGAAAGGGGUUUGCUCUCCUCCCUGACUACAUUACCAUGCUGUGUUUUCUUCUGCAUUAAUGUGAUCAUGUUAUUCACCUUGAGGAGCAAAUCAGUGUUUCGUGAAACCUGCCGUUACAUUCUCCUGUAUAACCUCAUUCUUGCAGACACUCUACAGAUGGCAGUGAGCCAGAUACUAUACAUGAUGUCUAUUUGUAGAAUAACGUUACCUUAUCCUGUCUGUGGUAUUCUUGUCAUGUUUGCUAAUCUCACCAAUGAAAUCUCUCCUCUCACUCUGGUGCUGAUGUCUCUGGAGCGAUAUGUAGCUGUGUGUUACCCACUGAGGCACGCUACUAUCAUCACCAUCAGAAACACAGAGGUGGCCAUCAUUAUGAUUUGGAUCUUUUGUUCACUCAAUAUUCUCAUUCGAGUUCUGCUGCUGUUAGAGUUUCCAUUUGAAGAGCUGCAGAGUCUGCAGAUGAAAGACUUCUGUAGUACAUUUCUCAUGUUUCUCACACCUGUAUCUCAUGAGUAUGACAAAGCUUACAGUUGCUUUCUGUUUGUGUCGGCUUUUGUUGGAGUCACUUGCUCCUAUAUAGGUGUUAUGUUGGCAGCCAGAUUGGCCUCCACAGACAAAGCUUCAGCCCGGAAGGCUCGUAACACCCUGCUGCUGCAUCUGGUGCAGCUUGGCUUCAGCCUCUCUUCAACUGUGAACAAUGCAUUACUUUUAGUCACCUCAAAAACUGUUUCAAAUAGAGUGUCUGUGCUCAUACAGAAUGUUCUUUAUGUCCUUCUUUUUAUUCUCCCCAGAUAUUUGAGUGCACUUAUUUAUGGUCUCAGAGACCAGACCAUCAGACCCAUCCUCGUUUAUAAUCUAUGUUGUCAACUGAAACGUUUAGCUGUCACAGCGAAGGCUAAGAUUUAUCCUUAG